AUGACCAGUGUUGGACAACACGGCUUAGUAUCCCAGCAGCUGUUUUCAUAUGCGUUGCGUCAACUGCGCAAUCGGAUUUGUUCUUAUUCACCUGUUGCCAGCUUUUGUUUUGUUUUUAAUUUAAUUAAAAUGAUUUGGAACAUAAAUUACAUUUUUGUUUUGGGCUUGCUUAGUGCCAUGCAAUUUGUUUGUCGUGCUAAGACAAUAAAGAAAGCCGGAGCCACUCUGAGACAGCCUUUGGAAGAUUUAAGCUUAUGGCAGGGCAAGUGGUUUCCUCAUGCGCCAGGCGAAUACCCCAAAGAAAAACUGCAACGUAUGCAUUUGCAUUCGAAUGAAGUUUACAAAUCGGGUGAUUCCUGGGCAGGCGGCUGGUUUCCCUACGCUCCUGGUGAGCAGCAUAUCUUAAGAACGGAUCCGCAAGUUGAUACCGUUACAACUCCUAAAAUCAAAGACGAUUGGCAGGGUAAAUGGUUUCCCCAAGCACCAGGUGAACCGCAUAUCACAAAAGGAACACAUGAAGAGCCGCAGAAUCUCAUUUGCGAUGAUGGUGUAUAUAACCUACAUGUUGAUUACGAUCCGGAAGAUAUACGUCAAAACUAUAAUUAUCUGUGUUUUGCUGUCAACCGAAGCCUCUUUAAUCCCAACAUGAACAAAGAGGCUUUGCUGACGAAACACUUUUUGCCCAGUGCUUUCGUACCGCCUGCCAAAUGCCUGAAUGAGUCCAUUGGGUACACUCACGAACCAGCCACAUGCGGCUCUUUUCGUCCACUUCCUGCCGUUUAUGGCACCUAUAAAUAUUUGCCACCUCAACGAUAUAUACGUAAUCUUGCCGAAGGUGCCAUUGUUAUGCUUUAUCAUCCCUGUGCCGUCCAGGGUCAAAUUACCCAGUUGGAGAAUAUUGUCAGCGGCUGCCUUUAUCGGUAUCUCAUAACUCCCUCGCAACUGUUGACACCGGAGCGACCGCUGGCAUUGUUAGCCUGGAGGAAUAGUCUAAGCAUGUCUGUGGUGGACAGGGAGCAGGUGGGCCAGUUCAUCCGAAAGUAUGCCAAGCAAGGACCAUUAGCCAUUCCAGUUCUUUCCCGCGUUGUGGAGAAGCGCGAAAGCUAUAAAGCGGCGCUGCUAAGUGAAGCGCGGCUUGUGACUGAUCUCGAUGACAGUGAGCUGUGUGGGUUCUUGGAGCAGCAUAUGUAAUAUUUGUUAACUAUUUACAAUUUUCGAAUAUUUUGUAUAAUUAAUA